AUGCAACAAUUGAGCCAGCAACAAAGUGAGUCACAAGCGUUAAACAACAAUAGUGACGUGCUCACAAGAUUAUUCGAGCAGCAAGCACAGCUAAUGCGUAGCAUCGCGAAUACGAGUAACGCUAGUAAUCCAGAUUCAAGAGUCAAGUUGCCAGUCAUAAAACUUCCUAUGUUCGAUGGGCGAACGGAAGAAUGGAAGUGUUUUUUGGAAACAUUCAUGUCAAUGAUUCAUACGAACGAGAAUAUUCUAAGUCUACAGAAGUUUCAAUAUUUGGUCACUUCACUAAACAGCAAUGCAGCCAAGGUUGUCGAGUCCAUCGAAUUGACUGCCGAGAAUUACGAAAUUAUUGCAUGGAGAUUGCUGAAAAAACGGUACGACGAUCCUCGGGCUAUCAACAAGAAACACAUCGAGUGUCUUUUUACAAUGCCGAAAAUAGGCAAGGAAUCGGCCACCGCAAUUCGAAGUUUGGUGGAUUACGUAUUAAGGCAUUUGCGAGUAUUGAAAUCCAUGAAUUUGCCCACUGAUUCAUGGAGAUCAGGCUUGUCCGAUUAUUCUUGGAAAGCCAAAAAUUUCUUUCCGCGAAACUUAACUAAACCAUGUGAAUUUGACUAUCUUUAUAAGAAACAAUCUGGUGGUGCUGGCCAAUAUGCUCGCAUAACUGGAAUUAUAGAGUACUACUAUCUCUAUGGGCUAGAUACAGUUACGCUCCGCGCUUGGGAGCAGGACAGAAGCGCCACUGACACAACGUUAACGGCAUUGACUGACUUUCUAGAAAGGAGAUGUCAAAUGCUUGAAAGGAUAGAAGUAAGAGGCAAGGAAGGAAACAUUUCCGCGAAGCAGGAAGCUAGCAAGCAUAAACCAAAGGCUCAAGAGAAGACGGCCGCGCUAGCCAAUGUAACGGCCACCAAGGUGUUACCUGUGCCAAGAACGUGCAUGAUGGGAACGUGCCGAGAAUGUUCCGGCAAGCACAACACAUUGUGCCAUCAUCCAACCAAGGUGAAGGAUUCUCUAAGUAACAAGCCAGCAGCCGAACUGACAACCCGAGGCGACGGCGACAAGGCGAGCAGCAACGUCGUCGUACAUCAUGCUGCCAGGGUAUCAACGAGGAGACAUGUGAUUAUGGCCACAGCAGUAGUCAAUGCAAUGCAUUCGAAUGGAUCCAGGGUUCCAUUGCGUAUAUUGUUGGACAGCGCUAGUGAAGCACAUUUCAUUACGCAUGCGACGUGCAACCGUCUAAGGGUGAAACGCGAUCGGGCGUCGGAAAUUGUGACAGGAUUAAGCGAGACCGAAAGUGUGGUCAGUCAAGUUUGCGAAGUUGUCAUACAAUCUAGAUAUUCUGAUGUUUGUUAUAGCAUUCGCGGUCUCAUAGUGCCAAAAAUCACAAAGUCAUUGCCGUGUGUCGAGAUUGAUCGAGACGCGUUCAAGGUACCGACGAAUGUACAGCUAGCAGACCCGGAAUUUUAUAAACGAGGUUCUAUUGACAUGCUCAUCGGAGCAGAGUUCUUUUUCGAUUGGUUGGAAUCGGAAAGAAUCGAGCUUGGUAACGGCCGUCCGAUAUUACAAAACACUCAACUCGGUUGGGUGGUCGCCGGAGCGUUUACAGGCAGCCUCCCGUCCGCGCACAAUGAAGGUCGCGUAGCUACUUCGUUAGUUUGUUCGGUAGAGCAAUGCGACACGCUCAAUAAAAAUUUGCAACGUUUUUGGGCGUGGGAGGAUUAUAAAUGUGAAGAGGUACGUACCUCCGUCGAAGGAGGCAAGUGA